GGUGCUCUCCUCAGUCAGGACAAAUGGUGGUCUCUGUUUUUACUCCUGAAUAUUAUCACCAUGAUAAUUUGACAGGCGUGUGAUAAAUCCUGUUCAAUUGUUAAACAAUUUGAACAAGUUGUAUUUAUCAAACGAAUUCAGCAAUCAUGUGUGAUCACUUUUGGGAGCCCAUGGCGGAGGUCUACAUCGCCAACAGGACAGAUUAUCCUGAUCCCGAUAGUCACAUUUAUUGUCUCUGCAGCCGAGUUUUCAUCCGCAAUCCAGAGAUCUACACAGUCCUGACUCAAGAAGAUGCUAGCGAACCUGAGAACCCGGAGGCGGAUUACCUCGGGGAGAUGUUGGACGUUCUGAAACAAACCCCGCUAGAACCCCCCCAAUACGCGGAAAAGCACGACGAAGAGCCAGUGAGUUGUUACUGCAGUGCAUCCCACACAGACAAUAACUACUCAACCGACGAGCACGAUUCAGUCCGGGACUCAGUCCAGAGGUCCACCGCGUACGCCCUGGGUCAGAAGCUGAGUCUUCACCAGUCCGACUCGGGUGCUGAUCUCUCCGAAUACCACGAACACGACGCAAAACCCACGAGCAAUUCCCUCUACCUGUCCGAGCGCCUCCUAAGAACACCAGAUGCCAAGCUGAAGAACUCGCGGAGCUUCACAACCCUCGAUAGCUUCAAUAAAUAUCGUGAGAAUCCCUCAGAGUCCGACACUCCGGGCUUCCAGGAAGAUAUCCAAGUUAAAUCUCAAGCUCCAAAUUCCUCGGACACCCCAGAGCACGCCUCCUUCACCCUCGGCACUCACGAUCAAAGCGAUUCACCAACCGAGCCAGAGGACUUUGUCAUAAACGAAAUGUAUGACUCCUAUUUGAACGUUCACGUCGUCUACGGGAGCGACAAGAAGAGUAUGAUCGACAUCGCCUGGGAGAAAUUCUGGGCAGAUCAUGGUGAACGCCUAAUCUGGAGCUCAUGGAUAACAAAGUACGCGGACUACAUCAAUCCCAGUUACAUGGCAACUGAAGAUCUCGUUGAGAUUGAAAAACCAACGAAGAUCAGAGUUGUCGAGAAGUUUUCGGAGCAGAACACGUGUUUUCCAACCUGUGCGCACAAGGACUGCGACAUCGGGCGAUCGAACUUCGAGGGCCUCUUCAGCAGGUCUGACAAGGCUAAGGACCAGCUGAGCUUUACAUUCGACGGCAGCUCGAGGCAGAUUAACGACAAAGAAGCUGAGGACAAUAGAAAGAAGAUGGGGAACUUUGAGCUGUCACCUGAGAUCGAUGGAUGGAAUCCCCUGAGUCCUUUCAGCGCUGAGGAGAGCUACAAUCAGCACUCCAAUGAGGAUGAAAGACUGAUAGCCAUAUCGAGGUGUGAUUCGAUAACGGGGUCGCUCGCCAAGACAAAUGCUACUUCGGAUUCGAUGACGAAUGUCACCAAAUUGACGUUGACGAACUCGAGCUUUGACUCCAGCUCGCAGCAGUCGUUGAGUCUUUUCAGCUCGGUCACCAGCUCCAUCGAGAGCAAUGUCACAAGUAGCAGCUCUGAUCAGGACAACGAUUUGACGUCUGACAACGACAGGUAUUGGCAGUUACUCUGGAAGGAGAACUUUCAAAUCCAAUACCAGAAGCACUACACCAAUUUUGCCAAUAGAUACAUGAUGAUGCAGACUGAAAGUUUAAAUUCAGUUUCCUCGAGGAUACCAUUUGCCAACGACUCCUUCGAGGACCCUGAGCCUCUGGUAGAUGGAAAAGUGGGGCUGAAGAAAUCGGCCAAGAGGAGAUUGAAUUCCAAACGCAAGGUCAUCGACUCGGUCGGUUACCUGAUGCAGAAUCUGACGGUGAAGUCAGAGGAGAAUGAGACUGAGCACAAAGAAACAUCAAAAGGAUCAUCGACUCAAGGCACUCAGGGAGGUGUUGGUCACGUUCAGGACUCGACACCAUCCACGUACUCCAAUCAUAAUUCCACAAUUAAUUCUAUGAGAUCCAGCAACGGUGGGUCCAGCGAUGGGGACAGGCCUCAGGAGGAGAGGCCAGUGACCUUGAAACGAAGUCAUGAGGCUGAUUUCGAUGAGGCUCAGGAGGGCAUGGAGACUGUUAAGAAGGCCUUCUCCUUGAUGGGAUACACAUUCAAGGAGCAUCAGAAGGAGGUCAAGCUGCAGGGCGAAGUUGUUUACAGAAAGCGACACAUUAGACUGCCAAACAGACAACUGAAGAUGAAGAUCAAUCGGAAUAAGAGCAACAGGCACAUUUAUUUCGAUGAAAAUGGAGUGGAGAUAACCAGUACCAUUGAUAAGGUCAAGCAAUAUCUCUCUGAUUGUCCAAUUAAGCUUCCAAUUGAGGGAGAACUUGAGGCUAAUGAUAAGGGUAGCUAUACCAAGGCACAUUUCACAUCUAGCUCUGAUGACGAUUGCGAUGAAGCUGUGAGCUCAAAGCUACAUGCUAAGAGACUUGUCUUCAGUAAACCCAGUACAAGUUCUCUGGAGACACCGCCUGAUUUCAGUGCUUCGUACAAAGCUUGUGAUGAUGACGUAUUCGAGGAUGCUGUUGAUGACCAUAAGGGGCUCGGCUCUCAGAUGGAGAUGGAUCAGCACGAGGAGGAUGUAAUUACCAUCAAAAUAUCAGAUGAGGAUGGUGGGAAGAAGGCGUUGAAAAAACGGAGGAGGAAGCAGAAUAAGAGAAACGUCAGUCUUCCUGUUGAGGUGGAUGAUGACAGGACAUUGAUGAAAUAUUGGGUUAAACGGUAUAGGUUGUUCAGUAAGUUUGAUCAGGGCAUCAAGCUUGAUCGAGAGAGCUGGUUCUCAGUGACUCCUGAAAAAAUUGCUGCUCAUAUUGCUGAUCGGUGCCAGUGUGACACUAUCAUUGAUGCCUUUUGUGGUGCUGGAGGAAAUGCUAUUCAGUUUGCAUUUAAAUGCGAAAGAGUAAUUGCUAUUGACAUCGAUCCAAGUAAAAUCGAACUCGCCAAAAAUAAUGCGAGAGUCUAUGGGGUUGAGGAUAGAAUAGACUUCAUCGUCGGUGAUUUCUUCCAUCUCGCUGAUAAACUUAUUGCCGAUGUUGUGUUCCUGAGUCCACCCUGGGGUGGUCCAGACUACUUGCACCAUGAAACUUAUGAUCUCAACAGUGUUUUUAAACCUUCCGGUGGAAUGAAAGUGUUCAAUACUGCGAGAAAAAUAUCAGAGCAUGUCGCCUACUUUUUGCCGAGGAAUAUUGACACUAUUCAGCUUGCUAUGUUGGCUGGACCUGGACAAGGGGUGGAAAUCGAACAGAAUUUCCUCGAUCGAAAGCUGGUAGCUCUGACAGCGUACUACGGUGAACUUCCAAAGGACUGUUAAUACCACGAAAUGUCAGACGAGUGUCUAGUAUCGAUGUAUAAUUAGUUGUACAUAACGAGGGAAAGCCGUAUCAAUUUGCUUCAUGAUUUGGAAAAAUUGGCAAACCGAGGAGAAAGAAUCGUUUGUCAUCGUUCCUCUGAUUUUAUACACAGUAUUCUCUAAUAAUUUAAUUUUUCAGCAGUACAAAUGCCUCUACUUCCUAAUUUUCUGUUUUAAUUGAAUGACCGUUGGCGAAUCGAUACGGAUGCAUCUGUGUGUUAAAUCGUAACGUGAGUUCUUCCAAUGUCUCAACGAAAUUAUUAAACAUUCAUGUUUUUUCAAUAGAACUAAACGUUAAUUGACCUUUGAGAUCUUGUAUAAAAUUGAUUUGAAAGACAUUCAUUUUCCAAUCGUUCGAAGAUAUUACAACUGUGAAUUUUUAAGUUUUUAUCGUAAAACGCGUGUCGUUUUAUUAUACAAUUAUAAAUAAAUGUAAUCAGAAAAAAACGUGUGAAGCUCUCGCUCAUCAAUUAUCACUCUCAUGAAACAUUUGCAAAUGCAUUUGAAAAUGGAAAUUUCAUCAACGUCCCAGUCGCUUUAGCGCCAGUUUCAAAUAUUUUCUGACUAAAUAUUUUUUACAAAGAAUAUUAACAGUUUUUUUUUCUUAAAAAACUGACGUGACUGAUAACAAAUUAAAUCUAUCGUAAAAAAUUGUAAGUAUCCAUGAUUUUAUCUCGUUUCUAAUAUUUCUUUGGAAAAAGUAAAAUCAAAUGGUGAAUUA